AUCUCUCUCUGUCUCUCGAUAUCUCUCAAACAAACAGAGGCACAGCAGGCCACCAAACUUAACAGAACUACACCAGCCAGAAUCUCAGAGAAAAAAAAUAUACAUAAACUUCUAGAGAGAGAGAGAGAUCUGCGCGCGAGUAUAUUUGAAGGACUGAAGAAGCUGAUACAAUCACGACAACAUCAACACUACUCAUAAUAUUUAAUAUUCAGGCGCAUAAUGCCAAUAAACCGCAGAGCUAACUGUUCGAGAAACUGCAUCGGCUAAUCCGACUAGCUCUGUUCCACAUUCAGUGUCAGUUUAUCGAGAUUUUAAGUCUUAUUGGAAAGCACUGUCGAGUUGAAGCUGGUUUUGAGUUCGGAUAGGAGUAUAUUUUACCGAGAAUUUCAGAAUCGACUGAGGCGCCGGUGCAGCGGAGAAAUGGAUGACAGAGGAGGAGAAGGAGGAUCGUUUGUGGCGGUGCGCCGAAUUUCUCAAGGACUCGAUCAAGGAACUGCCUGUCAUUCUACUGGAUCUUCUGCGUGGCUAGGCAGAGGCCUUUCGUGUGUUUGUGCUCAAAAAAGAGAUUUUGAGGAUCAUCCAUCAUUUGAGUUGACGCCCGCACAGGAAGAAUGUUUACACAGACUACAGAACCGGAUAAAUAUUGGUUAUGAUAGUUCUAAUCCCAAGCACCAGGAAGCUCUAAAGGCAUUGUGGCAUGCUGCCUUUCCUGAAGAGCAACUACACGGGUUAAUAUCAGAACGGUGGAAGGAGAUGGGUUGGCAGGGGAAAGAUCCAUCGACAGAUUUUAGGGGUGGUGGUUUCAUAUCAUUGGAAAAUUUGUUAUACUUUGCGAGGCACUUUCCUAAAUCUUUUCAGGAUCUUCUUCAGAAGAAAGAGGGUGAUAGGGCAAUGUGGGAAUACCCCUUUGCCGUAGCUGGUGUCAAUAUCACAUUCAUGCUUAUUCAGAUGCUUGACUUUGAAGCAGUAAAGCCCAGAACACUUGUGGGAGCAACCUUCUUGAAGUUGCUUGCAGAUAAUGAAUCAGCUUUCGACCUUCUAUAUUGCAUCGCGUUCAAGCUAAUGGACCAUAAAUGGCUCGACAUGCAUGCUUCGUACAUGGAUUUCAAUACUGUGAUGAAAGCUACUCGCCAUCAGCUGGAGAUGGAGCUUCUCCAGGAAGACAUUGUACGCCUCGAGGACCUGCCCUCUUAUAACCUUCUUAGUCGGUAACCUAGCAUCCAACUUCCGUAUUUUCUGAAGGUAUGAGCCAGUAUGUCCAAUGCCAGGAAUGCUAUUUUGUUGGAUAAAAUCCAAAUUUUGGUGUUUCCAACUAAAUAGAUUUGCUGAUCAAAUUGGAGUGGUGGCUUUUCGUAUUGAGGGAAAGGGGGAAAAGGACUCUUAGCUAGAAAGUGAUGCUAAAGCAUGCUUAUUAAUGCUCUUCAUUGUUGUGAGCUUUUAAAGCAUACAUUCUCUGACCUCUGUUAAUCUAUGUGCAUCCAUCUUUAGUGACAGUGAUAUAUGAACCGAGUUUAGUGAAAGAUGAAUCCUUCAAAGUCCACUGAUUUUGUACACCAUCGUGCUCUAUGGAAACUGCAGCUUUAGUUAUUGAAACUGAAUCACUUUUGCAUUA